CCUCCCAGCCGAGAGACUGAAAGUGCUGGCCUGCCUGAACAAGCUGAGACAGCAGCACAUGGACAUCAUGAAGGUUUUUAAUGACCCAAUUCAUGGGCACAUUGAAAUACAUCCCCUUCUCGUUCGUAUCAUCGACACACCUCAGUUUCAGCGCCUCCGAUACAUCAAGCAGCUGGGUGGCACUUACUUUGUUUUUCCAGGAGCCUCUCACAACCGCUUUGAACACUCUGUAGGAGUGGGCUACCUAGCAGGGUGUCUGGUUCGUGCGCUGAAGGAGAAACAACCAGAACUGGAUAUAACCCAGCGAGAUAUCCUCUGUGUAGAAAUAGCUGGGCUUUGUCAUGAUUUGGGUCAUGGCCCAUUUUCACACAUGUUUGAUGGAAGAUUUGUUCCACUCACUCGUCCAGAUUUCAAGUGGAAGCAUGAGACUGCUUCUGUUGAAAUGUUUGAGCACCUGAUCACUUCCAAUAAACUAGAAGAAGUCAUGAAGUCGUAUGGUCUUGUCCUGGAGGAGGAUAUGAACUUCAUCAAGGAACAAAUAGGAGGGCCUAUAGAUGAAACCGCUUGUGAGAAAUCGUGGCCCUACCGUGGUCGACAAAAGGAGAAAAGUUUCCUGUAUGAGAUAGUAGCUAACAAAAAAACCGGCAUUGACGUUGACAAAUGGGAUUAUUUUGCAAGGGAUUGCCAUCACCUAGGAAUCCAGAAUAAUUUUGAUUAUAAGCGAUUACUUAAAUUCAUUCGGGUCUGUGAAGUAAAAAACCAGAAGCAUAUCUGUAUCCGUGACCAGGAAGUUGGAAAUUUGUAUGAUAUGUUCCACACACGGAAUUGCCUGCACCGGCGAGCAUACCAGCAUAAGGUUGGCAACAUCAUUGAAAUAAUGAUUACGGAAGCCUUUCAAAAAGCAGACAAAUUUUUAAAAAUAGAAGGCUCUGGAGGAAAACUGUACCAGAUUUCCACAGCAAUGGAGGACAUGGAAGCCUACACUAAGCUAACUGAUAAUAUCUACCUGGAAAUUCUGCACUCAAGUUGUCCAGAACUGAAGGAAGCACGAGAAGUUUUGCAUAAAAUAGAACGGCGUGAAUUAUACAAGUUUUUAGGAGAGACUCAACCUGCAGCAGUGAGGGAAAUUGUAAAGAAUAAUAGCCUGGCAGAAAGCAUUGCUAAAUCCAAGCCAGAAAAGGAUCCUCCAGAUGUGGAGCUAAAGGCUGAAGAUUUCAUAAUUGAUGUUAUCAAUAUGGAUUAUGGAAUGAAAGAACAGAAUCCCAUUGAUAAUGUUCUCUUCUAUUGCAAGGCUGAUCCUUCCAAGGCAGUCAAGAUCAGUAAGGAACAGGUUUCAAAGCUUUUACCCAUGACGUUUGCAGAGCAGGUUAUCCGGGUUUAUUGCAAAAGUCAGGAUCCAGAUAUUGUUUCAGCUGCAAAACAGUAUUUUGUUCAGUGGUGUAUAGAGAAUGAUUUCACCAAACCACAGGAUAGUGAUGUGGUUGCCCCUCAUCUCACUCCGAUGAAGAAAAGCUGGAAUAACAUGAGAGAUGAUGAACACUGGACAGCUUCAGAACCCAGCUGCAGACAGAGGCUUCCUUUUGAUCAGUAA